GCUCAUUCUGCCACUCUCUCCCUGUCUUCCCUCUCUCUCUCUCUCUCUCUCUCUCUAAGCGUUCAGCACAGUGAAAGAGAGUGAGAGAAAGAGCUAAAAGAAAACAACUGAGUUGUUUGAAUGAAUUCUUGCUGAUUUCGGGGCUUCUUGAUUUCUCUCUUACUCUCCUUUCUGUUUUUUCUCUCCAGCUCUGCCUCCCGUAGAGCAAGGUCAGAGGAUGUCCAGGCCUCUGCAUAGAGGUGUAUCUGGGGCACGGAUCUCUGGAAGCAGCCAAGAUUUGUGGGACUCUCAGAAGAAAGAUAAAACAGAAAAGGAAGAGUUGGAUAGAAGAGGUUCUGAUCAAAGUUAUUUACCCUUGAGGUUUCCUUUUAGGCUACUUCUCCCAGAUAAUUCUUCUCCAAAAUGUGGUAUUACCGAGAAUGGUUUUGCAUCUGAUUCCUUCGUUGUCGGAACUCCGAGAAGUCGGCACAAAUUAGCAAUGCUGCUUUUAAAGUUCAGUUUAGUAUUGAUUGUAAUUCUUGCUCUCACUGGAUCUUUUUGGUGGACGAUUUCUAUUUCAACGACCUCGAGAGGCCACAUAUUCCAUGGCUAUAGGCGACUCCAAGAGCAACUUGUUUCAGACUUGUGGGAUAUUGGGGAGCUUUCUCUUGGUUCCUCAAAGCUGAAAGAGUUGGAUUUCUGUCCUCAGGAGUUUGAAAAUUAUGUUCCUUGCUGCAAUGUUUCGAAGAAUCUUGCUUUGGGUUAUUCUGAUGGAAAUGAAUAUGACCGGUUCUGUGGGUACGAGCCGAGGCAAAACUGUUUGGUUCUUCCACCUGUAAAUUACAAGAUUCCUCUCAGGUGGCCUACUGGAAGAGAUGUCAUCUGGUUUGCAAAUGUUAAAAUUACCGCACAGGAGGUAAUGUCCUCCGGAAGCUUGACCAAGAGGAUGAUGAUGUUGGAGGAAGAACAGAUCUCCUUCCGUUCAGCUUCUCUCAUGUUUGAUGGCAUUGAGGACUAUUCACAUCAAAUUGCAGAAAUGAUUGGGCUGAGAAAUGAAUCUAACUUCAUUCACGCUGGGGUUAGGACCAUCCUGGAUAUAGGAUGUGGUUAUGGUAGCUUUGGAGCACAUCUCUUUUCCAAUCAGCUUUUAACUAUGUGCAUUGCAAACUAUGAGGCUCUGGGCAGUCAAGUUCAACUGACUCUUGAAAGGGGUCUUCCUGCUAUGAUUGGUUCUUUUACUUCAAAACAGUUACCAUAUCCAUCUCUCUCUUUUGACAUGUUGCAUUGUGCACGAUGCGGCAUUGAUUGGGACCAAAAAGAUGGUAUUUACUUGAUUGAAGUUGAUAGAGUUUUAAAGCCCGGUGGAUACUUCGUCUGGACAUCACCACUUGCCAAUGUUCAAGGAAGAUACCGUACCAAAGAGAAUCCAAAAAUGGGGAAUUUCGUUCGUGGUUUUGCGGAAAAUCUCUGCUGGGAGAUGCUGUCACAACAAGAUGAAACUAUUGUAUGGAAAAAGACUAGCAAAAGGAAUUGCUAUAGUUUAAGGAAGUCUAGCUCGGGCCCUUCUAUAUGUAGCAAAAGCCACGAUAUUGAAUCUCCAUAUUAUCGAUCACUGCAAGCGUGCAUAGGGGGAACCCAGAGCCGCAGAUGGAUUCCUAUUGAAGAGAGGAAAACAUGGCCAUCAAGGGCUAACUUGAACAAGAGUGAACUCGCGUACUAUGGUUUGCAACCCGAAGAAUUUGCUGACGAUAAUGACAUCUGGAAAGCAGCAGUCCGUAAUUAUUGGUCGCUUCUGUCACCGAUAAUAUUCUCCGAUCAUCCAAAGAGACCUGGUGAUGAGGAUCCUUCACCACCUUAUAACAUGCUUAGAAAUGUGCUAGACAUGAAUGCUAAUUUUGGUGGUUUCAAUUCUGCAUUAUUGGAUGCUGGGAAGUCUGUGUGGGUCAUGAAUGUGGUUCCUACGAACAGACCCAACUACCUUCCCUUGAUCAUGGACAGGGGCUUUGUUGGUGUAUUGCAUGAUUGGUGUGAAUCCUUUCCAACAUAUCCUAGAACUUAUGACUUGGUACAUGCAGCAGGACUUUUAUCCCUUGAACUUGGUCAGCAGCACAGGUGCACCUCGCUUGAUCUGUUCACUGAGAUUGAUCGAUUACUUCGUCCAGAGGGUUGGGUGAUAAUUCGUGAUGCAGCUCCCCUCAUUGAAUCAGCAAGAACUCUAGCAGCAAGGCUAAAGUGGGAUGCACGGGUUGUAGAGAUGGAAAGUAAUAGUGAUGAGAGACUUCUUAUCUGCCAGAAGCCUUUGUUGAAGAGACAAGCAAAUUAAUUAUGAGUUUCCAGAGGGAGGCCAAGAAGUUACGUCAUAGUAUCCAUAUUCAUUUUCUGGAUGUUAAUUAAUCAUCAAAAGGCUCCGCCAUGAAAGGGGGAUUGAGAAUUUUUGAACAGAAGAAACCAGAAAACAGAGAGAUAAAGAGAAAAGAAUGUUGGUGGAACCAACCACAAAAGCUAUGUAGCCGUAAGGCCUACAUAGGGAGAUGUAAUUAAUUACAUAGGAUGAGAUUUGAUUUAAUUUUCCAUGUGAUGUCACAUUAUAACAAUACCCCACAUGAUUAAGAUUGUCAAGAUAAUUACAGAAUAA